AUGAGGAAUGCCUUUGUCUAUCUCAAGCGUCACCGCCAAAUCUCUCUUCUAUCCAAUGGCAGCACCUCCAUUAGUCUUCGAAAUUUCACUUCACAGGGCAGUCAAUUUCAGCAUCCGAAAUGGUUUUCUACGGCGUAUUCGAGUGUACACGGCGGAAGGCCGUCGGCGGAGUAUGCGAAAUUGAGGAAAGAAUCACUGGAAAGUGAAUUUGGACAAGCUCUUAGUUCUAGUUCUAAAAAAACUUCGAUUCUUUAUCGAUUCGGCCCGCUUUUAGCUUUGUAUAGGGCAACUAUUAUUUCAUUUCAUGUUUUGAAACUAACCGCCUGGGAGUUGUUCGUUCACGAUAUUAAAAAGCGUGCCGUUAAGUUUCGUGAAACUUUGAUCGACUUGGGACCUUUCUACAUCAAGGCAAGUGCCAUUCUUGUGAAAUUUAUGCUGCCUUGUGAAGUUAUCAUGCUAAAUGCCACUGGAAAUGCCAUCAGUUUGUUUUCCAUUCUCAGCCGCCUUGGACAGGCUCUGAGCACUAGACCAGAUAUCUUGCCGACUGUGUAUUGUCACGAGCUUGCUAAGUUACAGGAUCAAAUACCAACAUUUCCAACUCAUGUUGCAAUUGAAUCAAUUGAAUCCCAGUUGGGUCGCCCUGUUAAACAAAUUUUUGCUGACAUUAGUCCAAAGCCUAUUGCUGCAGCGUCUUUGGGACAGGUGUAUAAAGGUUAG